AUGAAGGUAACCUUUGACCUACAUGUCGUUUUUAGGAAAGAGAACACACACUGGUACAUGUUCUAGUACGUCUAGUCUAGCGCCACUGUUUGAGAUCUGAGAAGAUUACCAGCAUGCUGAAACCCAAGGCUCUUACUAAAGUACUGGAGCAGGCGAAUACAGGAGGCAUUACCUGUACACUACUGUUGAACCAUGAGGGCUCUUUGAUGGCAUUUGCUGGCAAGACAGAGAGAAAGGAAAAUGUGACAGCGGCCAUUGCUGCUAAUAUAUGGAUGUCUAACGAAAGAGGGGCUAGAAAUGCGUUCCCUGACGAGCCACUAGACUUUAUUGUACUGGAUUGCUUGGAAGGAAAGGUAGCCAUAAAGAGUGUGGCUAAUCUCCUACUGUGUAUAUACGCCAGUGGAAAUGUUGGUCUAGGACUGCUUAAGGCAAAGGCGGAUGCUCUCUCCAAACAUCUUGAAGCACCUCUGCUGCAAAUAUCUACUACAUAGCUAACUUUUUCAAUAGUAUACUUUCUAAUGAGUUGUGUAAAAUUAUAAAAUUAUUUAUUGUACAUGUAUGUCGUAUGUCAAAUCUUGUUGUGGACUUGUAAA